ACCCAAGCCUUCACUUUCGACGCAUUUCGCCUGAUAAAUAGUAAUGAUUAUUGUCCUCGAUCUUUAAAAUAUAUAUAAACGCUAACGCUUCGUACCAAGACGAAGACAACAAUGGAGACACACACAGUGUACGUUUUCAGUUUUGCUAUUGUGACGCUGCUCGUCUUGGAAACUUCUGCCGAUUCCUUCGUAUGCGAUUUAAAUAAAAGUUAUCAAGAGAAUAAGUGCAAUAUCUGCUUCUGCACGGGAGAUCGCACCACUGGAUCGGAGUUUGGUUGUACCAGAAUGUUCUGCGACGACGUGGAGAACAAUAUGCUUAAAAAUUGCGAUCCUACCGUCCCGUCUCCGUACAGAAAUUGUUGGUGUAUUCGAGAAGUGGGCACAGUCUGUGAGAUUCCAAAACGAAAUUUGAUGUACUUACAUCAGCUACAAUUUAAGCUAUAGAUACCGAAACGUAUCAAGCACCAAUUACUUCUGUACAGCACUCAAUUAUUAAACUCUGAAUUGAUUGUCUUCCAACACACACUACAUCUAAAGCCUACCACGAAUUAUUAUAUCUAACAGUCAUAGCAGGUAUAAAUUCAACUACUAGUCACCUAUACAUGUUUUCGUACGCUUUUCUGCAAACCCCCCCAGCUUCCUUUGUGGAGGUAUUAAGAACCUGACACCUUAAUUCGAUCUAUAAGUAUUAAAAUUAAUGCAAAUUAGGUACCAAUUUGGUAUUAUACGAUAUUGUUGCUAAUGCAUUAUACAUUCUUAUCUACCCUCUCAAUAUAAAUUUGCCUCAUCCAGAGCUAUUUCGCGAUACAUCUUUAUGAUUAUUAUGAACGUACUUAGCAUAACUUAGACGUGGUAUCAUAUCAUUUUUAAGUAAACGAAUACCAACAUGUGCUUGUGAAAUAUUUAUUACCUGCAGGUCGUGUUCUGCACAAAAUAAAAAGUAAUUUCUCAAUCAUA